UAUCUAUACUAGUCUCACAGAUUCUUUUAAAAAAUAAAAUUUGUAGGGUUAUCCACGGGCGUUUUCCGUUCAGUUCCGAGGGCACGCCAUGGCUGAGCUCUGCCUCAUGUCUCAAACAGUUGAAGAAAUCGUUAAGAAACCAAGACUUUCUUGUUCUAAUUCGGUGGAUCUAACGUUGCGAUUGCCCGAUCAUAUUCUCCAUUCGAUAUUUUCCUACCUUACAUCUCAAGACCUAGUUAAUGUCCACCUUGUUUCCAAGAAUUGGCAUCGUAACACCCCAUCAUAUUUCGCUUUCAACUUUGACGAAUCUCUUUUCCUUGAAAAUGUUCCAUCUACGCCCCUUCGCAUUAUACAUGAAACACAUAACAAGUUCUUGGACUGGAUCCGUUCUUCUCUGGAGACUUCUAAAAGUAAGUUAAACAAGGCUGAGAAAAGAGUACUGCGGACUCUAUUUUAUUUUCAUGAGAAUAUCUACGAUAUAAUGAGAUUGAUGGACGAAAAUGAUUUCCAUGAGGUGUACUUGAGAUUUGAGUAUUUUUAUUACUCGUCGCCCUAUAUUUUUCAAUUAAAGUCAACAUGCCUCACAGUUCUUCAUCUAACUGCAUGCGCACUUGAUGAAAACGUGUUCCACGAUGAAGCAAAAUUUACUUCUUUGCAGGAGGUAAAAUUGGACGACGUUAGGGUAAGUGGAGAAACUCUAUCCAAGUUUAUUAGUAAGUGUCCAAAUAUUAGAGAAUUGAGUUUGGAGGGUUGCAAGUUUCUAUAUUUUAUAGUACUACCUAAAUUAGACCGUUUGGAGAAGCUUUAUGUGAACAAUCCGCAUAUUCAUCAUCAUCCUAUUAGUAACAUAGAAGUUGUUGCCCCAAGUUUACAAGUCUUCCAUUGGGCUUACUGUAAUAGAAUCAAAGUUGCGGUUCGUAUGAAUAUCCGUGCUUGUAGAAUGUUGCGGGAACUUCACUUGGAUUGUUGGAAAUUUCCUGAGGGUCUUGAUCAUGAACACUUCUGUUCAGAUUUUCCUCAUCUUGAAACUUUGUACCUUGGCCCUUGUGAGACAUUGAAGCGUGUCAAAAUUUCAAGUUCAUCACUCAGAAACUUGACCUUAAUGUUCACACAGCUGUAUAAUUAUAAUUAUUCAAGAAAGAGUGUAGUUUCGGCUCCCAAUUUAUGUUAUUUCCAUUAUGUUGGUAGAACAUUUAAAUCAUCUUUAGCUCCAAGUGAUACACCAAAGCUUUUAGAGAAAAACUGCAUUUCUUUGGUUCCUCAUAUUGAGAAAAUCAAUAGAGCUUGGUUCCUCCAACUGAGAAGUCAUCUUAAAAAGAUUAGCAACCAUAUUGGAUUGGUCUUAGUCAUUCGUGAAGAGACAAGUUUUUCUGAUCUGGGCAAACGAGGACAUAAAUUGUGGAGCAUACCAAUUGGACGAGCUCCAACACAAUUGCUACCUCAUAUCAAAAACUUAAAGCUAGACAUAAAGCUCAAAGUUCCAGAGGAAUCCCAUGGGUGCUUGGUGAAAUAUAUAAUUGACAACUUACUUUUGAUGUCCCAACCAAAUGCAUUGACUCUAUCAAUGCCAGCUAGUUAUACUGAAUUUGCACUUGGAGUCUGCAACCAGUUAUUCAUAAGCAGAAGGGAAAGCAAUUGUUGCACGGAUACUCAGGACAAGUGCUGGCGCCAUUUCCUAAAAGAUUUUGUGGUUAAGGAACAAGUUAGUGAUGAUAAAGACAAGAUGAAGAAGCUCAGUUUCGUAUUUACUUGGCAAUUCUUUAGUUAGUCACUCCCUUUUCUAUUUGACACUGAAUUUGUAAGCUGGAAUGCUUAUGUAUAUGAGCUUUUCUAUUAUCAACUCCGCUGAAUAGUUCAAGUGACAUAUAUGUUCAUCGCUCUUUCUAUUAAAAGGAUGAAAUAAAAUCAUUGAUCAAAAGAGUGGAUUAUUUGUUAAAGAAGUUGCAAACAAUACAAAUAAGAUUGACAUACACACGAAUUUGUUUUUCCUACAAGUAACCAUAAUUUUCUUCUGUUUAGUUUUCCGAUGAGUAUGUGAAUUCUGUAUUUUAAUAUCUAAGUCAAAGAGAAGUGAUGAUAAUAGUUAGAAUAGUGCUUUUCACAAUAAUAAUUGUAGGAAGUACAGUAAUUUUCCAUAUGAGUUAUGUUUUUUACGUAUAUUUUCUCUAUCUUCAUAAGAUAGGGGUAAGGUCUCCAUAUACUCUACCCUACUCAGACCUCACUUGGUGGGAUUAUACUGGGUAUAUUGUUGUUGUUGUAUUAUGUAUAUUUUCUCCGAUGUGGGUUUCAUUUUUUGAAAAUGCUAGGAAUUGCAGUUCCCCAAUAGUAGUGGAACUAACGCCAAACCCAAUGAUCAGAUUGAGUAAAUAAGGCUAUUGUGGUUUCCAUAGUUGGGUUUCAUCAAAGAAGUAGAAUGAAAAAGUCCAAGAUAAGAAGAGUGUCUGUCCUCUUGUGUGCAACUAUCCUGUGAAAACUAGAAGUUGAAGUUGGGUUACACCAACAGAACGUCCCGUGUGAAGAAGGUGCAGAAGAUGAGUACUAUCAAAUUUGAAGAAGGUGCAGAGGAUGAGUACUAUCAAAUUUGAAGAAGGUGCGAAAAAUGAGUACUAAGAGCUGUCUUCAAUUAAGAUUCCUCCAACUCCGUGGACAAUUAAAGUGGUUCUUUCCAUAUGGCACAGAUUCUGAAAGAAGUGGGGUGAGAAAGAUGGCUUUAUGGUGUUAUUGGCAUAAACAUUGCCUUCAGUAGUAGAAAGAGACAUGAUUCUGUUCAAGAAACCUGGAUGCCUCAAGGUAGCAACUAUAAGAUAAUUGGUUCACUUUGAAUUUCUGUUUUCAUUUUCCCCCUCCUUUGGCAACAUUCCAUGUGAAUAGGUGAAAAACUACAUAGAUUAGAGCAAGAAAAGGGGAUCAUUGUGCGCUUCAUUGUAUGCCACAGGUAUGAUCUACAUUGCUCUGUAUCUACUCCAUGCUAAACCUAUUGAUGCUUAUUCAUCGGCAAGUUUCUGCUGGAGUCUCAUGUUGUCAACGAGUUAUAUUAUUGUUUGAUUUCUCUAAUUGUUUUCCUUGGAAAAUUAGAAUCUUUAGUGGGUGUCGUAUUGUCUUUGUGACUAACGAUGAAACUUGGAGCUUAGUUUUCCUGGGAAAGUUGUAGGGUGUGAGAGUUGGAAGUCAAGCUGCUCCAAUCAAAGAAGCUGCUAAGGUAAUUAAUUUCCUGUAAGUAGGAAGUUUUCUGUUAUUGAGCAAGUUUUAUUCUUAGUUAUGUAUGACUGCUUUGUUGUUCAGAAAAUUGAGACACUUUGUAGUAAGACAUUUGCAUUUGAGUCAAAGCAAAUUAUUCCAUAUAUUUUGCCUUAUCUAAAUUCAUGCAAUUCGAAUUUGCAUGAAUAAGAGGUCUUAGUGCGAAGAUAUAGUCUAUCAGCAAAUGAGAAGGAUAGACACAUACUCAAGCCAUGGAAACCUUCUUUUCUUAUACACUUCAAAAUUGCAUUCACUCAAAAAUCAGUAAACAAGAUCUUUCUCUUCUCUGCGAAUCAUGUUUGAACAACGAAAUCCAUAACAUAAAAGUAGGUCAAAUGCUAAAAAAACUGAUUUUGAUUCUAUAUAGUCUUUCUGAUUUUUAUGCCUUUAUCUCAGCAAGGAGAUCAGAUGUCCAACCCAUUUAUUUUUCUGGUAUUCAAGUAGGUCGGAAUAGUUGGAAUAUGUAUUAUCAUAAUAAUAGUAGAAAUGGAAUUAGACACUCUUUAUGUGCUUGGGUGUUAGAAAAAUGUAGUCCAUAAAAUAUAUGCUUCACGAUUUAGGCGUAGAAUAGUUUGUGAACUUUUUAAGUUCAAUAGUGGUACUAUUGAAUUUCAACGAUAUAAUACAGUAAAUAAUUCUGUUGAAGUUUGUUCGGUACUUGCAUUUCGAAGUGCAGGCAAUGUGUUUCCUAGAAGGACAUAGAUUAGUUUGUUGCCCUGUAGUAUUAGGGUAGAUAUAUUUCUAGUCCAAGUCAGAGACAAAGUAAUCACAAGUAAUGUGAUUACUUUUCUAUUUGUCCUACUUCCUCUCAUUGUUAAAAUAUUCUGUAGUAUUCCUUCCCUCUGGGCCAUAUUCCUCUAUCUCGCCAAGGCAAACAAACACAUUCGCCUUUGAUAUUUUAAACAGAAGACUCAAGAACUAUGUUUCCAGGUAUGGUGGUCAUCGAUUUUUAUCUGCUUUCUUAAGUUCCAGUUAUGCUACAGCAGAAAUGUGGUCUCUUAAUUCCAAAUCAGCAACUCCCGAACGAGGGUGGUAAAUAUCAUUUUGGUUUCUUAUAGAGUUGAUCUUUUUUUGAUAGUUGUGAGUUGUCAAUCCGACUUUGAAGUAGAAGUGCUUGAAGGUACUGCGAAAGAAGAAAAAGAUUAUGUUUCUGUAGAAACAAAGCAAUUCAACAAGGAAAGCCUCUGGAUAUACUAGCUUGGUGAAGAAAAGUGUAAGGGCUUCUCGAAAUAAGUUUAUUGACUGUCUUAAAAAAGGAAAACGCAGAGAUAAAAGAUAAUUCUCAGAAUACCCUUUUUCCUGCCAAGUUAACAUGGUGUCCUGAUGUUAACAUUGUGUCACACUGCUCACCAACGGUCGCUUUCCCGACCCAAAUUGUAUCCAUGAAUUAUUGGUGCUGAGGCUAAAAAUAAUAUUGCACGUGGUUUAGAUUUUCGUUCUGUGUAUAUGUAUAGGUAGAGUCAAUGUCAUCACAUUCAAAUAGAUUAUUUAUUUUUUAUCAUUUAUUUUGUGUCGUACAGGAUAGGAUUAUGCAUACUAGAAUGGAGAAGCUCGAGGGUUGGCAUUAUUUAGAUAGUAUAUAUAUGGAGGAGAUCAGGGGACCGAGAAUGAAGUAAUGUAUUUUUGGAGCAUUUGAUGCCGUCAGUUAAUUCUCAACAAGAAGGCCAAAGAAAGAAUGCUGGUGAACAAGCGUCUUAAAUUAGGCAAGUGAUGCAUUUUUUAUCGCAGGGUAAUUGGACCGCUUGUGGUCCUAGCAAAAGAAACCUUAGAGUUCAACGUCUUACAAUGUUUAAUUUCUUUUUCUGAUCACUUUUUCUAUUUACUCCUUUUUGAAAAAUGUUUUUCUUUCGGGUACAUGCAGAACUCAGAGCUUCAGCUAACAUAUCCUACUUUGAGAAUGAUAAAAGACAUUGGCUUCUAUUCCA